CUCUAUUCCCCGUGAUUGCUAUGCUGAAAGUAUUAGGUCACUUAGGUAAAGACGCGACUCGCAGCCCGGCUUUCAGAAACCCGCCAUGGAGUUCUAUUAUUUAAAGGUCAUUCAUCUUCCUCGAAAACCCAGAUUUCUUGUGGAGUUCUAACACCAUAGCGACCUCGUACGAACUUGAUUCAAUCAAUUCAUAUUAUCUACCUCAUUAUAGACCAUCAACUAUAACGAUUACGAUAUGAAGACCUCUACAUCCUUGUUCUCAGUCAUCGUAGGCCUCUGCUUGGCAGGUGUCCAGGCUGAACUGCCCUACAACAUGCCAGAGUGGCGGAGAGGAGCCAGUCCCCCUAUCAUCCCGUCAGAGCACCCGACAUGGCAAUACCCUCACCACCAACCUACUGGUGAACCGCAUCAUCCUCAUCCGACUAGCGUUCGCCUACCUGGCCAUCACAGACCGCAUCCCACUAGUUACCCUCAACCCACCGGAACUACCAGUCCUCACCAGCCUUGCAAGACUGCUGCUGACUGUGCAUACCUUUCCUGCACGCAGCAGAUGCCUCGAAGUGAGCCGACAUGCGUCCAGAGCCGGGUUGCAAGGUUCUGUUCAUGCACAGUACCAAAGGCGGAGUAAGACAAUAGGAAUAAACAAAAUGAUGACUCGGUCGCUGGGUACUUCUUGAAGUGACCCCUUUU